AUGGCUUUCAUGGAGACUUUGUUAUCUCUAAUCCUUCUCCUCUCAAGUGCAUUGCUACUACAUUCCAUUGUUGUUCAUGAAGGUCCCAAGUCCAUCACUCUAAGCCUCAUUCACCCAUUCUCUGUCCAUUCACCAUUCUAUCCAGGGAAGAACAUAACAGAUGUGGAGAAGAUUAAUCUACUUAUUCAGGCCACAGAAUCCCGUAUGCAGCAUCUAUUCCCAACCACAACAAUGAGACGACAAGGAAGCCGGAAUGGUAGCAGUAAAAUUGACGACAUAGGGACACUAGUGGAAUUUAGCGGUGCCUAUUAUCUAGCCAAGGUGGGAAUAGGUUCAUUUCCACCAGUUCCUGGCCCAAAGUGGAUGAGUUAUUUGUUGAUUAUGGACACUGGAAGUCACAUUACAUGGGUACAAUGUGAAGGUUGUGAUCCUUGCUUACCCUUGUCUCAACCCAAUUUCCCAUACCGACUAUCUCAAAGUUAUAGGGCUAUUCCUUGUGGUCACCAAGAUUGUCCAACUACAAGGGAGGAUUGCUUCGGAUCAUUUUGUGGAUUCAAAAUAAUCUACUGGGAUAUAUCUGGGCCCUCAACGAAGGGAACUAUUGUAAGAGAGACCUUAACCUUCCUUUCUGAUUCAUCUAGAGGACUUACGGAAUCCUAUCCCAAUUUCUUCUUGGGUUGUGGCUUACAAAGCCACAAUCAUAGGUUUCCACCACAUAAUAAAGCUGCCGGGAUUUUGGGCUUAGGGCUUGGAGGCCAUGGAACAUCUCCCAUAUGGAAGCAAGUAGACAAAAAACGGUUCUCUUAUUGCCUAUUUAUCUCUAUACAGGCCAGUUCAAAGUUACAUAUUGGAGAAGGUGCAAGGAUGGUAGGACCACAAGUUGUGUCUACGCCAUUGAUGAGGGGAUCUAACCCAUCACUUUACUAUGUGGACUUGCAAGAUAUCAGCAUUGCAAGUUUUCCCCUUAGACUAGGGAGAUCCCUUUCUGGUGGUUGCGCAAUAGAUACAGGUGCUCCGAUUACCAUACUUGUUUCUAAUGUUUAUGCCCAUGUGAGAGCUUUUUUUGUUCAGUACUUCGCACAGUUUGGUAUUCAUCCAUAUGGUAGUGGAAGCAGGCCAGGAGAUGUGCCCUAUUUCGAUCUCUGUUUCCCAAGGCCGUAUGGUUUUAAUAGGUUUCCAACUAUGACGUUUCAUUUCAGAGGAGCUAACCUUGUUGUGCAGCCCAAUGGUGUAUUUGCAGUAGGGGGGAAUUAUAUUUGUGUUGCACUUAGAUCAGGCGCCACUACAAUGAUUGGAGCUUUUCAGCAAACGAAUUACAGAUUUUCCUAUGAUUUGGAGUUGGGGGAUAUAGGAACUCUCUUCUUUGCUCCUGAGAAUUGUGGAGCAAGUGCUUAA